AUCAGCGACAAUAGCCACGGGCAGCACCGCUGCUGUCAGCUGUGAUCAAUUGCCAUUUGUACUAUUCGUUGCUAAUUAUAGCUCAGUUUGAGCUGUGAGGUAGCUUUAAAUUGCUUAAAUUUUUCGAUUAUAAUGCCGGCUCUCACGCGUUUUCAAAAGUAUGCUAUUACAGGCUUGGGAGCUGUAGGUGGUGCAGUAUUAUUUUAUUAUAAUGUAUAUGGUAGCACCGACACUGCAAAAGUGUGUAAUUCUUGGACAACCAAUUUCUCGCCAUCGGUUAAGUGGGACCACAACUGGGAUAGACGGGAUCCUAAAAGUUUAAUAAAACCUGUGCAAAUAAAUGAUGAAACAGCUGAAAAUGAUUACAAUGAAAAACUUGAAACUAAAAAACCUAAAGUAAUACGGCAUCUGUUCCUUAUUCGGCAUGGCCAGUACAAUACCGGAGGUAGAACUGAUGUAGAAAGAAUAUUGACUGACCUUGGUAGAAGACAAGCUGAAGCAACUGGAAAGCGCUUGGCCGAGUUAGGAAUGCCUUAUUCUCUUAUUAUUAGAUCUACAAUGGCAAGAGCCCAAGAGACUUCAAAGAUCAUUGAAAAAAGUAUUUCAGAUGUACCUGUUGAAGAUGAUAGUUUAUUAAUUGAGGGUGCUCCUAUUCCUCCAGAACCAUCAAUUGGUCAUUGGAAGUCAGAAAGAUAUUUCUUUCAAGAUGGCCCAAGAAUAGAAGCUGCAUUUAGAAAAUAUUUUCAUAGAGCAGAACCUAGUCAAGAAAAAGAUUCAUAUACAGUUAUCGUUUGCCAUGCCAAUGUUAUAAGAUAUUUUGUGUGCAGAGCUUUACAAUUUCCACCUGAAGCAUGGAUGCGUAUCACUUUAAAUCAUGCAAGUAUUACUUGGUUAAGUAUAUUACCAAGUGGCAGAGUAUCUCUACGCUGCCUAGGGGAUACAGGUCAUAUGUUACCUCGAAAUAUCACAUCGAGUUAAGCUCAGUCAAUAUAACGAUUGGUUAUAAUUCAGUAAAUCACAGUUUAUAAGCUGCGUGAAAUUGGAUUACCUAGCAUGUGUUUGUUUAUUAUGUCAUGAAUCCACAGUAAAGAGUGUCAGCCUCAUGAGUGCACAAUGGUUACAGAAGAUGUACUGGAGACAAUGUACCUUUCAUUUGACAGAAUACACGAGGAUUGGCCCUCGUUGACAAUAUCUCCUUAGUGAUUUUUAUAAUAAUUUCUCUUUUUUUUGGAACGUGAAGUAUUUGUAUGAAGUAUAAGAUAUCAUUCGAGGUUUUAUACUGUAUUAGUAUUUUGUAAUAAUUGUAUCCAGCGAAUAAAUCACCGUUAAAUUUUACUAUA